AUGGAGUCUCGGAUGGAUCAGUAUGAGAUCAUGGAGCAGAUCGGUCGAGGAGCAUUUGGAGCUGCUAUUCUUGUUCACCACAAGGCUGAGAAGAAGAAAUAUGUGUUAAAAAAAAUCAGGCUAGCAAGACAGACUGAACGAUGCAGAAGAUCUGCUCAUCAAGAAAUGGCUCUUAUUGCUCGAAUCCAGCAUCCAUACAUUGUGGAAUUCAAGGAGGCAUGGGUUGAGAAGGGUUGCUAUGUCUGCAUUGUCACCGGAUAUUGUGAAGGUGGAGACAUGGCUGAAUUGAUGAAAAAAUUAAAUGGUGCUUACUUUCCUGAGGAGAAACUCUGCAAAUGGUUCACUCAAUUACUGUUGGCAGUAGAAUACCUGCACUCCAAUUUUGUUUUGCAUCGUGACCUAAAGUGUUCCAACAUUUUUCUUACAAAGGAUCAGGAUGUUCGCCUAGGGGACUUUGGUCUUGCUAAGACACUAAAAGCAGAUGAUUUGGCUUCCUCUGUGGUAGGGACUCCUAAUUACAUGUGUCCUGAACUGCUUGCUGAUAUACCGUAUGGAUUCAAAUCUGAUAUUUGGUCACUAGGGUGUUGUAUAUAUGAGAUGGCUGCUCAUCGCCCUGCUUUUAAAGCUUUUGAUAUGGCAGGGUUGAUAAGCAAGAUUAACCGUUCUUCCAUUGGCCCUUUGCCUCCAUGUUAUUCCCCUUCCUUGAAAACACUGAUAAAGGGUAUGCUAAGAAAAAAUCCUGAGCAUCGGCCAACAGCAUCUGAGGUGUUAAAGCACCCUUAUUUACAGCCUUACGUAGAUCAAUACCGUCCAGCUUUCAGUCCUCCAACAACCUGUUCUCCUGAAAAGCCAAUUUCUACUGUCAAUUAUCCUCGGAAAAAUAUGGCUGAAAGUCAAAACAGUAGUAGUUCCAACAGCGACAAAGACAGUUUGAUGUCAAAUGAGAAAAACAUUGCAACAGCAAUACCGAAGUGUGAUAACAAAACCACUGAGAUGGAUCAAACAUCAAUUGAUGAUGAUGGUUCAGAGGAAGAAAGUGGCUCUAGUAAUGCCAACGGCAAUACCAAAAUAGCUGAGCAAAUGGUGAUGAAACCAUCUCAUAAUGCACACCAUUCUCAUGUUGAAUCUAAGCAGCCAAAAACAAUUAGAAAUAUAAUGAUGGCAUUGAAAGAAGGAAAGGUGAGAGAAGCAACUUCUCCAAUGAGAGGCAAUCGCAUAAAGCCUGCUGGUGUAUCAACACAGAAAAUAAGUACCGAGACAUUGUCUAAAUUGCCUAAGCCUAAUUUUCUUGCCCCUAGUGUCAAGCCUAACUUAGAAUCACCUACUGUAGCACUUUCACGAGCAACCCCUGACUCAGCAAAAAGAAUGCAGGGGUCACAUCAUUCAAAGCAACAGUUUCUGAUGAUAGAAGCCUCACCGAAACUUAAAGCUAGACAUGAUUUGACUCCACCACCUGCGGUUGUCAAACAAGUAGAUGGAGAUGUUGUUCCUCCCAAGCCAAGACAAAGGACUCCCCCAAGCUUACUUAGAAGACCUUCAUUUUCUGGAAGACUGAGGCUGGCUGGAAUUGAUGUUCCAAAUGCAGCAAGUGAUACUGGAAAGCUAGGUACAGAUAAAAUAGUCCAGGAACCUGAGAUGAGCCCUUGUCAGUUGGCCAACGACAAUGUACCAAAUAUUUCAAAACACGUUACUAGAGAGCCCCAGAAGGCUUUUGAAAGAAGUUCCAAAGGAAUGCAAAUAGACAGCAGCAAUUCUGCUUCAUCUUCAGUUUCUAUCCAAGGAGGUGAACUUGCUGAUGAUGCUACAACUUUUAUUGACAUGAGAGAACAGAUGCUUCCUGGACAUGAGAAUAUAAGCCACAUUGUACGUGUGGAAUCAUGUCCUGACAGCAGCCUGCCGACAACUUGUGCACAUUGUAAGAUGGUUGAAAAAGUUCCUAACGAUUCCUGUGAGGUUGCCAUAAAUUUUCAGAAUACUGUAAGUAGUAACGAGAAAGUGAGUUCCAGUUUAAGUCAAGAUCAUCAUGUUGAAGAUUCUAAGGAAACACUUGCUUCAGAAGGCGGUCUUCUUGUAUACCAGACAACCAUGUCUACUACAUCCGGCUGUGAUAAUAGAUCUGUAGACCCCUCUGCUGGAGCCACCAAAGAAAUUAAAGAUUUUCAAGAUAUUACCAAGGAAAUGCCUUUGGCCAAGUCUCCCAAACAUGUACCCCCAAGUUCUGGAGAAAAGUCUGUUCAUGUUGAAGCUACUCCAGAAAGUGAACCUGAUCUACUUAUCCAGCCAACACUUGGAUGUAAGUCCCCUGGUGAUGACAAAUUCACAGUGAGGGAACGACUGUCACCUAUGGUGGAAACUAUUCCUCUGGUUACCCCUACAAAAUUAUCAAGCCAGAACGUUUUGCAAGAGAAAGGAACUGUGCUGCAGAAUCCAGCACCGGAGAGGCCUGAUACUGGCCAUCUUCCUCCCGCCUUCGAUGAUGUUAUCCAUGUCAUACGCCAUAGUAGUUACCGCGUUGGAAGUGAUCAGCCAGUAAAGGAAUCUGUGGAGAUGGGAGUUCAAAAUGUAGAUGUUGGUAAGUUUAUCAAUGUUGUGAGGGAUGAUUUAGAAAUGAUGAACAUAACCUCACCUUUGACCCUCAAAUCUUCAAGCUGCUCUGAUGUUACAAGCUUGAAUUCUGAACAGUUGGAAAUGAAGAGCUUAAACACUCCUCCCAUCCUUAAAUCUUCAAGUUUCUCCGAUUCUUCCAGCAUGAAAUCUAGCAACUCUGAUCAUCCUGGUCUUAAGGAACAAGAUGUGGUUAACCCUCCUCCUUUAGUUUCAGAACCUGAAUCUACUGAGCUCAGUAAAAGUAACAGUCCCAUGAAUGACGAGAAACUACCAGCAAAGGAACCAUUGGAUGUGAAAUCUUUCAGGCAGAGAGCAGAGGCACUCGAAGAGCUCUUGGAGUUGUCUGCAGAUUUGCUGCAGCAGAACAGAUUGGAGGAACUUCAAGUGGUUCUGAAGCCCUUUGGGAAAGAUAAGGUCUCCCCAAGGGAGACAGCCAUUUGGUUAGCCAAGAGUCUCAAAGGAAUGAUGUCUGAGGAGAGUGGGGGACGCUCUUCAUAA